AGAACGCGGGGGAGCCGGCGCCCCCCUCCCCUCCCCUUGCAGUCCCCCUCGGCUCCGCCCCCUCGUUGCCUUCCCAGCGCGCAGGCGCAGGCGGCGGCAGCAGCAGCGGCAGCGCGAGGCGCCGAGGCGGGCGGAGCGGGGCUGCUCACACGCCGCUGCCUGUGAGGGGACGCGGCGAGCGCGAGGCGCCGACCCGCCGCGGCUGAGGCGAAGCCCAACGGUCGCUGAGAGAGGGACAGAGAGAGCGGGCGGCUAGGCGUGAGGCGGCGGCUCCGCUUCGGUCCCCUCCGCGCUCUCGCCCCCGCUCGCCCCCAGGAGCGCGUUUCGAGGCGCGGCUCGCAGCUUCCCCCCCCCCCCCUCGUCUCUCUCCUUCUGAGGGGUGCAGAGUGCCCAGCCCGGCAGCCACCACGGAAGCGGCCAUGGGGGACCGAGAGCAGCUGCUGCAGCGAGCCCGCCUGGCCGAGCAGGCGGAGCGCUACGACGAUAUGGCUUCGGCCAUGAAGUCGGUAACUGAGCUGAAUGAGCCUCUCUCAAAUGAGGACAGAAACCUGCUGUCUGUAGCCUACAAGAAUGUAGUUGGAGCUAGACGAUCUUCCUGGCGUGUGAUCAGCAGCAUAGAGCAGAAGACUAUGGCGGAUGGAAAUGAGAAGAAGCUGGAGAAGGUCAAAGCCUAUAGGGAGAAGAUAGAAAAGGAGCUUGAGACGGUCUGCAAUGAUGUUUUGGCUCUCCUCGAUAAGUACUUGAUCAAGAACUGCAAUGACUUCCAGUAUGAGAGCAAGGUCUUUUAUCUGAAAAUGAAAGGAGAUUAUUACCGCUACUUGGCAGAAGUUGCUGCUGGAGAGAAGAAGAACAGUGUCGUGGAAGCCUCAGAAGCUGCCUAUAAAGAGGCCUUUGAAAUCAGCAAAGAGCACAUGCAGCCCACUCACCCAAUUAGGCUUGGGCUGGCACUCAAUUUCUCGGUGUUCUACUAUGAAAUCCAGAAUGCCCCUGAGCAAGCCUGCCUUUUAGCCAAACAAGCCUUUGAUGAUGCCAUAGCAGAGCUGGACACGCUAAAUGAGGAUUCCUACAAGGACUCCACUCUCAUCAUGCAGUUACUUCGAGAUAACCUCACUCUGUGGACGAGUGACCAGCAAGAUGAAGAAGCAGGAGAGGGCAAUAAUUAAAAAGCUUUCCUCUGAUCUGUCUUUCAUCCACUUCACAAUCCCCGUCAUCACCAAUAUUACCUUGCCACAGUCACACUAAAUAUCUAGUGCUAAGCAUAUCUGUAUUGUACAGCUGUUCAGAUCUGCUGUCCACUUUAUCAAGAAGCAGUUUCAGAUGAGUCUUCGUGGACAUUGAUGGAUCGAUUGGUUUAUUGGCCCUAUUUAUCUUAGGUGCACUUAAACAGUGCAGAAAGAUGCGUAUUAAAUGAGGCAUUUUUAGUUUGCCUGUUGAUUAGAACAUAAGGGGAAGAGUAAUGGAAAGCGGUUGAGGAUGAUUAGAUUCCAGUUAAAUUUUUUGCCAUUUGAAAUGAGCUGACAGUUCUGUUAAGCAGUACAUUUUGUGCAUGCAAAGUCGAUUAGCCACCUCAAUUUUUUUUCCAGUCAAUGAAAGCAGUUAAGCUGAUGUGAAAUGACAGCCCUGUUCAUCAGUUUACAAUAAACUGUUUGAAAUGUGAGGUUUCAGUAGCAGUUUUUUUUUUGCCUCUAACUUAUGUGCACAGUUUCUUUUAAUGCAGUGCAUCUACCUAAGAGUUUUGAUACUUGUAACCUUUUGCAGUUGUUUUGAAGAAUCAUGAAUUUAUUUUUUUGUAAAUUCUGGCUGUUUAGUUGUCUGUGUAUUCUGACAACACUGUCAUUAUUAGCCCAUGUUAAGAUGGAUGACUGAGAUGCCGGACUUCUAAAUUAAAUGUUUUGGAAAUAAAUGAAUAAAAUAAAAUGCUGCUUCGGGGUUAUUAUCUCUACAUAA